CAAGCCACCCACAUUCAGGUCUUGGUCGCACUCUGGUGAAAUCAUCAGAGUAACCUGCGACGAUAACCUGACGUUGGAAUGGAUAAAAACCAAGGUACUGACCUUAAAAACAUGGGAAGGAGCAACACUCGCCGUUGUAAGGAUGGACGAGCUCCCCAAGCUCACCAAACUCUCUGGAUCCCAGGGGAAGCGCAAGCUGACCUUGACGAGGAAGAGGUUGUGCUCAGGCGACUUGAGGGGCAAAACCCAAACAUGCAUGUGGCGAAAUGGUGCACCUUCCACUAUGAAAUCAAAAAAGACCCUAAGGGCCAUCUCUUCGUCUUCGGCAUCGGAGACGAAGACAUGGGAACCCUAAAGGCCAAAUCAAUGAGGAUGAGCUAUGCGUUCACCUCAUUGAUUAUAAGGCCAAAGGUUGAAAAAGAGGCUGAGGCGGGGCCCAGUGAAGACUCCUUGGUAAAGGACCCUCUUCCUACCCAAUUUAAGCCAACAGUGGAGGACGUCGAGCCAGAAAAAAUGGCAAUAGAUGACCUCCAGCAAGAAAACUCCGAGGAGCCAAAAGAGACCACCCCCUCCCCACUUUCGGAGGAAAGGAUGGUCGAAUAAAUAACCAUCUUGCUGCCUAAUUUUCAACGGAAGACCGGGAAGCAAUAAAAGAGGUAACGAUUAUACAAUGUAACUUGCAGCACAAAAGGGUGGCUACGGCAACAUUAUGCCGCCCCCUUGAUGAGCUGCAAGAUACAAUAGCACUCAUCCAGGAACCCUGGAUAAUAAAAACCAAAAUUUUAGCUGUUAAAAAUCUAAAUGGUUCAAUUUUUAGCUUUCCCAGCAAUCAACAACCUAGGACAGCCAUUUACAUUCCUAGGAAAUACAAAGCCCACUCAAUGGCACACCUUUCCACCUCUGAUUUAACUGCGGUUAGGAUGGAAUACGUCAUUAAAAGGGAAAAGAGAACGUUAAUCCUGGCAUCUGCAUACCUCCCCUCCGACGCAACCACGCCACCACCCAGCAAAGAGAUGGAGGAUCUGAUUGAAUACUGC